AUGGAUGUUGACCCAAAAGCAGAUGACACUGAAACAUCAAUGCAAGUGGACUCCGAAGCAAAUAUAUUCACUGAUAUGUGUACUGACCCGAACGCAAGUCUUGGCUUGGAUGGAAAUCAUAAAGAUGAAAUGUUACAGUCUAUGGAGAAUUUGAUCAUCUCAGAGUCAUCAUCCACCUUUAAGCGAAAACCUGUUGUCAUCAUUGUUAUUGGAAUGGCAGGGAGUGGAAAGACAACUUUUAUGCACCGAUUAGUGUGCCACACAAUGGCCUCAAACCUUCGCGGGUAUGUGGUUAAUCUUGACCCUGCUGCGAUGGCUCUACCAUAUGCAGCAAACAUUGACAUAAGAGAUACAGUUCGUUAUAGGGAAGAAAUGAAUGGGUCCAAUCUUGGACCAAAUGGUGGCAUUUUGGCAUCCCUACACUUGUUCUCUACAAAGUUUGAUGAGGUUGUGUCUGUGAUUGAAAAUCGAGCAGAUCAGCUGGACUAUGUUUUAGUUGACACUCCUGGUCAGAUUGAGAUUUUCACCUGGUCAGCCUCUGGGGCAAUCAUCACCGAAGGUUUUGCAUCAACCUUCCCUACUGUGAUUGCUUAUGUCGUUGAUACACCACGUUCAACCAAUCCUGCCACGUUUAUGAGUAACUUGCUGUAUGCUUGUCGUCUUCUCUACAAGACAAGGUUACCACUUAUAUUUGCGUUUAACAAGACUGAUGUAGCGCAACAUCAGUUCGCUUUGGAGUGGAUGCAAAAUUUCGAACUUCUCCAAGCAGCACUUGAUUCAGAUGACUCUUACACAUCCACAGUGUCUCGAAGUCAAUCCCUUGCAUUGGAGAAGUUCUACAAGAACCUUAGAUCUGUUGGGGUAUCUGCAGUUUCUGGUGCUGGGAUGGAUGUCUUUUUUAGGGCAGUUGAAGCCAGUGCUGAGGAAUACAUGGAAAAUCAUAGGAAUGAACUGGACAAGGGAAGAGCAGCAAAGAAUCUACUGGAGGAGCAACGUCUGCAGGAGGAUAUGGAUCGGCUGAGGAAAGAUAUGGAGAAGUCAAGAGACAGAGAUGAGAAAUCUAAAACUUCCAUGGAGGAUGACGAGUUUGAGGAAGACGUUGAAAAUGCAACUUUUGAGGGGUUUAGCGGGGGUGAGGAGGAUUCCAUUGAUGAGGAUGAAGAUGAAGGGUUUGGUUUUGACUAA